UUGAUCCUAUGGAAGGUCAUGUAGAAGAAGUUAUCAGUGAAGCAACAAGAGUUGAACUUUCACAGUUUAUCAAAAGCAUUUGUGCCCUUGUUGAUCUAAAAAGUGGGUGGAACACAUCAACUUGGUCUAUUAUUCAGCAUUCACACUAUGUGCAAGAGGAUGGGUUUAACUGUGGAAUAAUUAUUUGCCUGUUUGCUGAAUAUCUGAGUCAAAAUCUUGACAUAAAUGCAAAGUUUGACAUGAGAAAAGUGAGGCAGCACGUGACUUCAACGAUUAUGGGUUCUUGCUAUGAUGACAUUUAUGAGAGAAAUAGUUUGGUAUGCAAGAUUUGCAAGAUAGAUGAUGGUGAAGACGGGUUGGGAUGUCAUUCAUGUGGGCAGUACUUUCAUGCAAGUUGUCUGAAUGUUGACUUUGGACAAACUCUGACAGAGUACUUUGCUUGCCCAUAAUCAGACAUGACAAUCGUAUAAUAAUACAAAACAUAAAUUGUAAGAUUUAAAAGUGCCGAAUAAAAAAGACUUACCGAUUAGAA